AUGGAGGUUGAAGUAGACCAAUCUCUCAAGAAGGAUGCAAAUCACAAUAAGGACAUCUCAAUCACCCAGCAUCACAUUUGGUGCUUCUGUCACAAUCUUGCCCUCAUCCUCAAUGCCGGCCUCAAAUCAAUCUUGGUACCCCAACCCAAUCAAAUCCCCACCGGUCCUGUUUUGGGUUUUGUACCCGGGCUUUGUGCCAUAUCCGAGGAAUCAUCCAAGUCAGAGACAUUAGGCCAUGUGGACCCAAUGGCCAACCCCUUCAAUACUGAUGGAUUUGUUGACAAUUCAGACUCCAAGGGCAGUGAUGAAGAAGGACCAGAAAAUUGUGAGGCCAAUGUUAUUGAGAGGGUCAAUUAUGUGAUACAAAAAAUCACUUCCUCAUUGGCCAAGCAAGCUGAGUUCAACACAUGGGCCAAAAAACUUGACCACACAGGGCCCACUCUCAUUGCAGGGUACGGUAUACAAUGGAAUAUCAAGUUUGAGAGCCGCAAGUGGGGGUAUAUUGCAUAUAAUGUCAUCAACAAACUAAUUGGGAACAAGCAAGACAGAAAAGAUCAUGAGGGAGGCAAGAACCACUUCAACAAAUACAAAAUCACACACAGUGACUGGGAGAUUUUCAAGAAAUUGAAUGACAUCAUCAAUGAAUUUUAUUACGUCACUAAGAAGAUGGAGGGCAAAAUCCCAUUGGCAUCCAUGGUACUUGCAAAAUACCGACUCCUGCAACAAUAUGUAGAGGGCAAGCUCAGCACCAUCAUUGAGGUCAAAUUCAAGAGCAUGAUCAACAUCAUGCUCAAAAAAAUCAAUACCUACGUCAACAUGGCUUUUCAAUGUGAUGCCAUUCUCCUCACAACAGCACUCAACCCCAGGUACUGA